AUGGUGCAUUCCAAGAAGAAGAACAAGAAGAACAAGAAGAAGAACAAGAACAAUAAGGAGGGCGAGAAGAACAAGAAGGUGGAUGUGACCACGUCAAGAUGGUGGGAAGACAAGAUGGACGACGACCUGUGGGACCCGAAGAACGGAGAGACGUCUGAGCCGACGUCAGCGCCGCACGAGGUGACAGGUGAGAAUGCUCAAACUGCUAAUGAGAUGCCUCAGAAUGACGCGGCAGAUCCAGCGAAAUCCGACGACGAGCAAGACGACUUGGACUCUGGGAACAGGGACAACACCAAGUCGGAGAUCCCUCAGGGGGAUAGUGAGAAACCCAGUGCUGGAGUCGAUGACGGUCAAGCUGCGAAGGGUAAAGCUGCGGCCAGUCAGGAGGGUGGUGAGUCAUCUGCUACCAGUUCGGAAGAGUCGAAUGAGGAGGAGGGUGAGAAGAAAGAAGAGGAAGACUCUUGGUCGCCCUCUUACCGGCCCGGAGACAACAUCAACUCGUUCGUAGACCCUGAGACAGGCGGGUAUUACAACAACAUGGGCGGCCGGGUGUUCGGCAAGAGCAGUUGGGAGGGAAGCUAUCCUUCCACAUACUCCCAGAGUAACCCCAGCAAGCCAGCGUCGACGCAGGAGGAGACUGACGAAGGGGUGGAGGACGCAGACGACUCGGAGGAAGUGGCUGACGAGAAGGAAGCGGAAGAGCAAGAAGACGCCGAGGAGGUUGUGGGUAAGUCCCAGGAGACAGAUGGUACAGAGAAGAAAGCUGUCAGUUUCGGACCGGACGUCUCGAAGCUGGGUCAUCACGUUUUGGACGAAGUCAAAGAAAUCGCGUCUCGCCUGUCGAAAAAUCAGGCUUUGAGGAAUAAUGCAGUUGAUAACAAAGACGAUGAUGAAGACGAUGACGACGACGAUGACGACGACAAUGAAGACGAUGACAACGACGAUGUCUCGGAGUUGCCCCAGGGCGACGACCCGGCUGCGUAUAACGUGAAGGAGGAAGUGCCCGAGGAGGUCAAGGUUGCGACGGGCAAUGACGAGAAUUCGAUCUACGGCAAAGGCCAGAAUAUCGCCAUGUCUCAGAUUAACGCCAUGAACGGCCCCGGUGCGACUGAGAAGAAAAAGAAGACCGAUGAGGUGAAGAAAGCAAACAGUGAUAGUGGCCUCGAAGAGAAGAAAAAGAAGAGCAAGUAA